CUAUUUGCAUAACAUCACUUCCCUACUAGCGUCAAAGAAAACACGCUCCAGAAGGUGUAUAUGACACUAAUCGAGAAACGGCGCAAUGUUUUGGAUGAAAACGUACCCUUAGAUUUGGUUGAUAGCUGCCAUUUCGGGUUAUUCGACCAUACACGAACGAUUCAAGAGGUCCAAACGAAGUGCGCAUACAAUUCUAAAAUCUACAGUCAUCACUUUGAAGAAGAUAUUAUGCAUAGACAGUGAGAAAGGACGUGCUGUGACUUCAGGUUGACCAUUGAGCGUUCCAGUUUCAUCUGUGGAAGACGUUUUGCUCUAGAGUGUUGAACAUACUACGUGAUAUGGAGAGACGAAACUGUUGAAAAAAAGACCGGCAUUUUAUUUUUCCUGACCUAGACACAAAUCAUGGAAAGCUGACGGCGAGGACCUUGAGUGACACCCUUGCCAGGGAAGAAAACCCUCUCUUUACAGAGUCAAGGACACUAAGACUCCAUAUCAGACUCUUCCUUCAUCUGCAAAUCAGCUGACCUAAGAGCUGUCAUGGCGGCGUACGGACAGACCCAGUACAGCCCUGCCCUCCAGUCUGCGGGACCCUACACACCGUAUACAUACCACACCCAGGGCUACAGCAUGCCCUCAUACAACAUUAAGACAGAAGAUGGCCUCAGCCACUCUCCAGGACAGAACAGUCUGCUGAGCUACUCCAACUUCAGCAGCACUCCCCCCAGCCAGGGCCUCUACAGCUACUCCACACCCAGUAGCAGUAUUCCUUCUGGGAUUUUCCAGGGAGCCAACCCCAUCACAGGCUCAACUCCAUUCAACCCCACACAACAGGACUUCUCAGCGUACUCUAGCUACAGCCAAAGCCAGUACUCGCCAUACUACAACACACACUACAACAGCCCGUACCUCGCAAGCAGCAACAUCAGCCCUAGUGCCAUCACCACGCCCAUACCCUAUCAGCAUCCAGAACACCCUGCCGUGGUGCCCAAUCACAGCCCUGAGUCCCACCCAGGAGAGUACCAUCCACCCCCUAGCCCCCCCACCCCAGGGAAAGAGCCAGAGGGGGUGCCAGCCAGACGGAGCUCAGACGGGAAACUGAGGGGCAGGAAAAGAGUCAGUGACCCACAGCCUCCCCUGGACUCAGAUAUAGAGCGUGUGUUUGUGUGGGACCUUGACGAGACCAUCAUCAUUUUCCACUCUUUGCUCACAGGGAGCUUCUCCACACGAUUUGGCAAGGACUCGUCCAAGGCAGUGUCGCUGGGGCUGUGGAUGGAGGAGAUGAUCUUCAACUUGGCCGACUCGCGGCUAUUUUUCAACGACCUGGAGGAAUGUGACCAAGUUCAUAUUGAUGACGUGGCGUCAGACGACAAUGGGCAGGACUUGAGCAUGUAUAACUUUGGCACAGACGGGUUCCAGAGCCCUGCGGGUGCCGGUACUCUGUGCCUGGGCUCAGGUGUCCAUGGUGGGGUGGACUGGAUGAGGAAACUAGCCUUCCGCUACCGGAGAGUAAAGGAAAUCUACAACACCUACAAGAACAAUGUGGGAGGUUUGGUGGGCAGUCCCAAGCGGGAGGAAUGGCUGCAGCUGCGGAGGGAGAUGGAGGUCCUGACAGAUCUGUGGCUGACCCAGGCUGUCAAGGCCCUGGCCCUCAUUAACUCCAGACCAAACUGUGUGAAUGUGCUGGUGACCACCACCCAGCUGAUCCCAGCCCUGUCCAAGGUCCUGCUCUAUGGUCUGGGCUCAGCGUUCCCCAUAGAGAACAUCUACAGUGCCACCAAGACAGGGAAAGAGAGCUGCUUUGAGCGUGUGGCCCAGAGGUUCGGCCGGCGAGCAGUGUACGUGGUCAUAGGGGACGGAGUGGAGGAAGAGUCUGUAGCCAAGAAGAAGAACAUGCCUUUCUGGAGAGUGUCGUGCCGGCCUGACCUGGAGGCUCUAAGUCAUGCACUGGAGCUGGACUACCUCUAGUGGGCGCUAUAACAAUCCCAUCAUGCCUUUAGCCAGUUCCUGCCUGGUGAUGCCGCUUCCUGUCCAAUGGACCAAUUGGGUUGAGGGCAGCGACGAUUCACCAACAUACAAAGCAAAGAAUGACGGACCAAUCUUUGUAUCAGCAGGGAAACGCAAUUGUUACUGGAAAUUGUACAUGUGCUUUCACCCGUUCACACAGGGACUUUUACAUGUGAAAGGUAUCCCACUUUGGAACUUUAGAGCGUUGCACUGAAAAUAAUGACCAAGGUCAGGGAUGGGCAACUGGUGGCCUCAGCAGUUUUUCUCUUGUUAUGUCAAUUAGGCCAUAUCAGCUAAAAUGUUUUAGAUUGGUAAGUUUGGCUAGCGGUCAGCUAUCUAAACCAGCAAUCAUGGUUGAAUUACCGGCCGGGGUCCACCAUUGAUUUUGUUAGUCAGUCUCACUCAGAUAUCUUAUUAAAUACUGCAAACAUUUCUCUCCAGCCUAUGGCAAAAUGUGUAGAAUUACAAAAAUGUCGCUGUAAAACAGCAAAUGUUCUUCACUGCCCAUGGCAAAAUGAGUAGAAUUGCAGGAAAUGUGUUACAAAAUUGCUAAAUCUUCUUUCCGCCCCAUGGCAAAAUGUGUAGAAUUGUAGCAAACUUUCUUUAAAGCUCCACAUUUUCACUACGCCCCAUGGCAAAAUGUGUAGAAUUGCACGAAAUGAACUAUAACAUUUUUAAACAAUGUCUCUCCACUGUCAAGAGGAGGGCUGCUAAAAUGCUUUGCUCUCAAUGUGGUUGGUGUGACCCGCAAGCAACUACCAUCCCUCAUAAUGAGUUCAGUUUAUUGUGGCCCCCAGACCCAUCAAAGUUACCCAUCCCUGACCUAGGUGAUCUACAGUUGAAGUCAGAAGUUUACAUACACCUUAGCAAAAUACAUUUAACUCAGUUUGUCACAAGUCCUCGUAAAAAAUCUAUGUCUUAUGUCAGUUAGGAUCACCACUUUAUUUUAAGAAUGUGAAAUGUCAGAAUAAUAGUAGAGAGAAUGAUUUUUUUCAGCUUUUAUUUCUUUCAUC